GUAGGUGGGGGCAAAAGAAAGAAACAAAACGUGACGAGGCACCCGAAGCGUCCUGUUAUGCAACCGCUGACCUACUAACAUACAUUUCUAAACAGAAGCAGCUAGCGGCAGGAUACUGGAGCGCCUCGCCAACACAAUACAAGGAACCAGGGCAAAAACACACAGGCUGCGGAACCCAUGCGUACUGGACACGGCGUGUAGUGUGUGUGUGCAUCACUUCGCCUUUUAUUCAAGUGACCGAGGCUGAUACAAAGAGACUAAUAAUAGUCAUCGGGCCACAGAAAUAUUUUGGAUACAAGCACAAAAGCCACAAACGCCUUUCAUCGAACAGCCAGCUGGAGGCUUUGGGCGCAGCAGCACCCCUCCCCAAGAGGCCGACAAGCUGGGGCAGACCGAGUGACCUAUAUCCUCCAACACGCCCAAGGCACUGGGACACAUCUCUGUCGGCUUGAUAGAGCCGUUACAUAAAAGAAUAAAAGUGAAAACAAAGAAAAGGGGGUCAGAAUUCUUUAAGCAAAUUUGGUCACAUUUCCUGUACUUCAGGACUUUAUUGACCCUCUUUUAUUCCCCUGUUUGGCUUUGAAAGACAUUGUGUGCAAGACAGCCAGAAGAGUUUUUUUGGGUUUGUUAAUUGCAGGAGACUCAUAAAGAGGUGCACCUGUUCUUACUCUUCUUAGCCAAGCUGGACACUUGAUCAUCAAGGGAUAUUUGCUUGAGCUUCACAUCAACAAAAUCAAUGAGGUUCAGUUUUCCAGGGACUAAAAUACCUCAUAAAGUCUUUGAUUUUCCAGCUACUUUCCCCCUUUACCCCAUCCUUGUUUCUACAUUUAUUUCCAUUUUACCAGUGGUGAAGCAGAAGUUCCAAACUGGUUCCCAUUGAGGAACAAUGGAAAGUUUGAGCUUAGAAAUUUCAACAAAUUCGAGUGCCGGCAAAACCUUAAAGAACACAGAAAGCUUUCUGGACUACAGUGAUCUCCUCCAUUCACCUCAAAGCAACAUUCGUCAGAGCCACCAUCUCAAACCAAAGCCAAAUAUGAGCUGUCGACGCAAGCGUGAGUUCAUCUCAGAUGACAAUAAGGAUGCAUCCUACUGGGAAAAGCGACGCAAGAACAACGAGGCUGCCAAGCGUUCCCGGGAGAAACGGCGCUAUAAUGACAUCAUCCUAGAGAACAGAGUUAUGGUGCUGAACGAUGAAAAUGUACGUCUGAAAACUGAGCUUUUACAACUUAAGCUCAGGUUUGGUAUGAUAAGUACAGCCUCCUACAUGGAAAAGAGUCAGCAGAUUGGUGGAGCAGGCAAUGGAAGUCCUGGGGGAAACUCCACAUCCUCCUCUACCACAAGUCGUUUCUACCCUAAUGGUUACUCAAGUGUUUCUCAGAUGAUGAUAAACUCUGAUUCUUCUGAAACGGACCAGUCUGUUCGAGGAGACAGGCAUGUGAAAAUGGCAAAAUACUCCCCACGAGGUUCCCUCUCCGAUAUGUCCGAUGGCUCCUCUCGGGACAGCCCAGAGCCACUUGUGUAUGACAUCAAGCAGGAGGGGAUGGGUCUAGAUAUGGACAUUGUCAACAGCACUACCACACAGAUCAUGCUAAACAUUCAUUCUAGGUUGCCUGCAGUACUUCACCAGCACACUUUUGAGCCAGGUUAUUCAGCCAACCAACAGAAGCAACGACACCAAGAGACCAUUGCAAGUCCAGUUGCUCCACAAUCCGCUCAAAGAAGUGUUAUCCUAUACCGUUCAAGCAGUGCCUCGUAUCCUGUGGAAACUCAGGAAAUUAUUCCUAAAGAACAGCAAAACCUUACACAGUCUACUGAGGGACCAACCGGAAGUCCCAUAAGCUUGGCAGAGGUGUCUAAACGGCUAGAGAGAAAGACUUUGGACUCUCCUCCUUACGAGUACCCAGAUUGGGAAGCAGCCGAAAGGCAAGCUUACAUUGCUCAACGACAGACCCCCAGGGUUGAUGCUGCUGCCCCAGAUCUUCUAAUGAGACCAGAGGAAGGAGAUGAAACACAGAUGUACCAGUGUUCUAAUGGAACCUUAGAGAAUGACGAGCCACCAGUGCUGGCCUACGAAGGAGGCUUGAGACAAGAAGAGUACUACGAGAGUCACUCUGGAAAGGACACUUCCUCAAGUGACGGGGAUCCCCGCAGCUCUGAUAAAGAGGGCUCCACCGAUGAUGAGUCUCCCUCUUCUUCUUGCUCUGAUACAGGGAGCAACCAUCCUUACAUAUUCAUGACCCAGAGCUCCUUCUCACCAAGCCAAUGCAAAGACGGCCAAGCGGAAAUCAAAGGCACUGCCCUACCCCACAAAUUGAGACUCAAACACAGAGCUCAGAGCGAUGGGAGAGCAUCGUCUCAAGACUCGCCGACGACGCCACCUGCUAACUUCCAGCCAUUACCUCAGCAUCCUUACCUGGCCUUGUCUCAAUCUGGCGGCCAGUCAAGUCCAGGGUUUCACAAGCAGGCCACCUCGACUGGAAACAUCGAAUGUGGGAAGAAGGAAUCCAGUAUGCGUAAUGGUCAUAACAAGAGACAUGACUGAACGGGAAACUGUGGGACUCACUUGGGUCUUGAUAUAAAGCCCCGAGAGACUUUUUAUAAACCCAUCUUGAGGUCCUACCUUGAUCUUGUACCCUUCACCCCAUUCCCUGUUCAAAUGCCUAGGGAUAAGAGAAGUGGACAUUGUCAGGACUGCUGCAUUGUACCAUAAUGUAUAUACUUACCGUUUGUUGGUUUGGUUUGUUUGUUUGUUUGACGUCCUCUUAACGUUACAGCAGCACUUACAACAGAAUGAAAUAGGAUGACAUGCUAUUGAUCGCACUUACCUGUAGUUCCCAUGCUGCAGCAAGAUGUCAAAGUGUGUCAUUCAAUUCAAAAGCAAUACCUACCAUAUGUGAGGCAUUGUAACGGAUUCAUAUUUGUAAAUAGGCAACUUCAAGUGCCCCUAUCUUAGUUUUUGGCCACACCUUAACAACAGGACAUUUGCAGGUGGCUGUGCACCAUUUUUAAACAUACCAAACACCAGAAGAUUAAGGGAACUUUUCCCUUGACCAAAGAAACAUGGCUUUAAGUUCAUACCUCUCUCUGCUCCCUAACUCUGUCUGCUUUUCUAACUAGUGCUCCCCAUCAUUUCCCCACAUUAAACAGCCUAGCUACCACUCCUCCUUGACCAGGCACUUGGUUUGUAUGUAUAAAAUGUGAUAUAAAUAUUAUAUAUUAAUAUAUUUUAAGAAGAAAACAAAAAGAUUACAUGAAAAAAUAGCAAGUUCAGUGACUAAUGAAUUUGUCCUUGUCAAAAAUACUGUACAAUAUCAGUGUGUUUGCUGUUUGAGAUGCCACUUGAUAUAAACUCCUUUUUUUUUUUUUACAAUUAAAUAUUUUUUUUAGAAACUCUCCUUUUAUAGGAAAAUUACAAAAUGCCCCAAAGCCUUUACAGAUACAUUAGCGGGUUGAUGUAAGCUUUAUGUCAUAGAUACUAAAAUGUGUUUUCAUUGCAGUUAUAACUCAUUGUCUGGUCUUGAAACAUUACUUGGUGUUUAACGUAAAAAAAUGUAUUUUCCAUAUAAUGUUUAAAACCUUAAACCUAUCCUAAAAGUACAUAUCUAGCUUCCCUUUUAUGUAGCCUCCUCCAUGUUUAUAGUUUUCCUUAUACCCCAACUGAUGUAAAAACAUUGAUUUGCUUCAUCAUAACCUGUUACAGAGAGAACUGUCUAUAGGCUUAAUGCAGAAUGACUUUCUCUUCCUGUCUGGUUAUGAAUGUGAAAGGAAUGUUUUGCUCUUAUUAGCAUGGGGUUUACAGGAAACCACCCACCCUGCUUACAUCAGUAUAAAUGGAUGAUUACUAGCAUAGUGUCUUUGACCGCUUGCCCUUGAGGCCCCUAGUUAAGCGAUUCAGCUGGCUGAUACUGCAGUUUUUUCAGUCUUUAACUGGUUGGCUGACUCCUCGCUAGUUAACCGCUACCCUGCAUAUGUUUCCCUGCCAAAAAUGAGGUUUAAUUAAAGUGGUUGAGCUUUUUUUCCACUUUUAAAAGAAUGCAUGUACAUUUUUCAGGUGUAGCUCAAUUUAGUCACAACCCCCCUUUUGUAUUGUUCCAAAAUAAGUCUACAUGUCACGUUAACUUAUGGCACUUGUGUAUAAAUGUAAAAUAUUUUUUACUCACAACACUGUAUUGUGCUUUUUAAAUGAACUGUUUUGGGGGCCAAGUGUUGUCCUGUUUAUCACUAGCUGUGUCUUUACUUCCUGUUUGCUGUGAUUUCGUAAUUGCUCACCACAAUGUCACCUAUCCCCCUUAGUCCUUUCAGUGUGUUUCAAACUGAGUGAUGUUUGAUGUUUUUAUUUUCGUAUGGUUUUAUCAAAAUGAACAUGGAAAAAAAAAGCGAACAAGGCUUGUGUGGUGUUACUGAGUAGACCGUGGCACUGCUGUUCUGUUGCUCUGUUUUGAAAUGCAUAUUGUAAAUAACACUAAUAUUCAGUGCUAGGGUUGGGUGCAUUUCAAAAAUUCAACAAAAAAAUAAAAAAAGUUGUUGCAUUA